AUGGACGCCCCACCAGCACAGUCUAUAAAUGUGGAAGAAGACGAGCUUACCAGACCAUACAAGCCGAUAGACGCGACGUUCCGGUCUAAAUUCACUCGAAGAAUCGCCGAGGCUCCUAUCAAGGAAAAACCCAAGAUGCCCCAAACGGUUGGCAAGUAUGAUGGCCUCGCCGACCCGGAUGAUCAUCUCAACUUAUUCAAGAGCGCCGGCGAAGUAGCCUGUUGGUCCGUGCCCUUGUGGUGCAAAAUGUUCGUACAAACGCUAGUGGGCGUGGCCCGAGUUUGGUGGGAUAGCCUGCCUACAGGUGAAAUAGACAGCUUUGAAGAUUUAGAAUCGAAAUUUAUCCUACAGUUUAGCCAGCAGCGCAGACACACGAAAGAUAGAAACGAGCUCCUCCACAUCCGUCGGCGAGAUAAUGAGACGGUAGAAAACUUUAUCGUCAGGUUUAACAAGGAAAGCCUGGCGAUCCCGGGCGUAACAAAUGAUCUGACAUGUGGAGGUUUCCUUCACGGGGUCAAUGAUGACGAGUUACUAAGAACGCUACAUGGAAGGGAUGGUGUACCCCCAACAAUCGAUGAAAUACUCCGAAUAGCCAAAGUAUACGUCAUACAAGAGAAGGCAGUGGCAGCAAGCCAUGCAGCCAAUAGGAAAAAAGAAGCCCUAAAGAACCAGGAGGAAAAGGAUCACCGGGGAUCUAAAAGCAAAAGUAGGGGAGACCGAUACCAGAGAAACGACAAAGACGCACGGUACGAUAGACACCGAAACUCCUAUUCAAGGAAUGAGCCGUCGAAACCUCGAUCCGAAUACCCCAACUUAAGCAAGACACCGGCUGAAAUUUUAGCCUCAGAAAACCUCAGGUUUAACCCACCAAAACCACUGAAAGAUAACCCUAACAAAGAUACGAGUAAGUACUGUGAGUACCACAAAGGGAGCGGGCAUGACACUAACGAUUGUUUUCAGCUUAAGAAACAGAUCGAAUAUUUUGUAAAGGCGGGCAACUUGGCACACCUAGUAAGAGAUAUCAAGCAAGGUCCACCUGUCGUCAAGGAAGAAAGUGACAAGGCGGCAGGCAAGAGGCUGCGUGAAUUGAACAUGGUGCACGCGGAUAUGGGAAGGGGGGCAAAACGGAGUUUCUCCACGCUCGAAUCCUGGAUGUUGGCAACAAUGACCAUAGAACCUCGUAUGGAGGACUUGCACCUUACUACAGAUGCCCUGAUCAUAUCCGCGGCAGUAGGAGACUACCGCAUGAGGCGAAUCCUGUUUGACACCGGGAGCUCGGAAGACAUUAUCUAUGAGCAUUGCUUCAACAGAAUGCAACCAGAAGAUAGAAAGUUGCUUGAAGCAGUACACGCCCCCAUCAAAGGGUUCACAGGGGAAAAGCUCGACCCUAUCGGUCAGAUCACUUUCCCGGUAACUUUUGGGCAGUCACCUAAAGAAAGAACCAUACUCCUGACCUUCCUUGUGGUCCGCGCUGAGUCAUACCACAACGUGAUAAUCGGAAGAUUCACCCUGAGAAAAUUAGAUGCCAUAGUCUCCACGGCAAGAGGAUUCAUGAAGUUUCCUACACCGCGAGGUAUUGCUACUGUGUUUCGUGACAAGAUUGGAGAAGUACUGAGUACCAAAAGAUGCCGCCAAGGGCCCACCGGAGCCACGGGCCCAGAAAGAUGGGUACUAAGCACACGCCAUCCGGACCAGAUGGUCACAAUCGGGGACACCUUGUCUCCAGAAGUUAGAAACGACCUGAAGCAACUGUUAAAAAGAAAUGUUGACAUCUUCGCUUUUGAGCAUUCUGACAUGACAGGAGUCCCCCGUGAUAAAGCCGGUCGUUAA